CAUAAUGAAAGAAUCUGCUACAACUUGCAGAGAAAGAUGGAGACGAAUAAGAGACAAUUACAGACGCGCUAAAAAGUUAAGGAAAACAAAAAGUGGACAAGCUGCCACUAAUAUUAAGAAACCAAAAUAUGAAGAUUUAUUGUCAUUCCUUAACCCCUAUAUUAGCAACGAGGAUGAAACUUUUUCAAAUUUUCCACCGAAUAAUGUUACCCAAGACUCAAGUAAUGAGGAUAAUAGUCUUUUAGAUGAUAUUCAUAGCCGUGAUAGCCCUGGUUCAAGUACUGCUGGUACUUCUCAAAGCACUAUAGGAAAUCGUCCUGGUUCUUUAGAAGACAGUUCACCUCAUCCUUAUAAAAGAAAUUGUAGAACUUUAGAUGCUCCACCACAGCUCUCACCGACACACUCGUUAUUGCAAGAGUAUUUAGAAAAAAAAUACAGUGCCAAUAAAAAUGAAUCACACAAAAUAGUUGACUUUUUCAAGAACUUGGGGGAAACUGUUUCAAAUUUUCCGGAAGAUGUACAAAUUCGUGUAAAACGUGAAGUUUUUAAAAUAGUUACCGAUGCAGAGGAGUUGGUUUUCAGGGACAAGUCUAAACCACAAUAUGUAUUAGAAUUAUCUCAAGAGAGCGUGUCGCCCAUAAUCGUUGUAAAUCCAAAUGAUGUUGAUGCGCAACCUCCAAACCAAAUAAUAAAACCCACUUCAACAAACGUGAAUCCAAAUAAUAUUGACACACAGGAAGAGAUUGAUCUUGAUGAUAACGCAUUAAAUGCUUUUUUCAAUUCUAUUAAACAAAAACAAAAUAACCAAUGAAUGGUAUUUUGAAUGAUGGGAUAAUAAGAAGCCAAACACAAAGAGAAAUGGAAGAUGUUGAUUAAUAAUAGUUUUACUAGAGUUUAAGAUUUUUGUACUGUGAUUAUUUUUGUUCUGUGAUUUUGGGAUAAUAAAGAAACCAAACACAAAGAGAAAUGGAAGAUGACGAUUAAUAAUAGUUUUACUAGAGUUUAAGAUUUUUGUACUGUGAUUAUUUUUGUUCUGUGAUUUUGGGAUAAUAAGAAGCCAAACACAAAGAGAAAUGGAAGAUGUCGAUUAAUAAUAGUUUUACUAGAGUUUAAGAUUUUUGUUCUGUGAUUAUUUUUGUUCUGUGAUUUUGUGAUAAUAUAAUAUUGACAUUAUGUGUUUCGUUUUUUUUUCUUUAAAAUGAAAACAUACCCUAACUAGCGCCACUGCUAACUAUUAAAAAGACAAAUAUCCUUACGUACGAUCUCGCUAACAAUUUAAGAUACAAUUUACACAGGAUUAAAUGGAGGAUUAGGUCGUUUACGCUCUGCCUACCCCAUUAGGGAUAAAGGCGUGUUUAUAAGUAUGUAUGUAAAUGGGAGGAUAAAAGGAUAAUCACUAGGUAUGCUAAAGUGAA